UACUUAAAAAAACCCGUUAUUGUACAUUUUUUUAUUUAUUUAAUAAAAAUAAUAGUAAGUAAUUGUUUAAAUCUACAUAAGUUUUCUAAAUUUUUUUCAACUCCUAAUAAUAGAUAUAUAAUUUUUCUGAUAGCACAGUUUUUUUUUUUAAUAAACCCCACUUAUAAAUAGCGGUGUUAACACAGAUUAAACAGAUAGAGCGCAAGGUGUCGUAACCGCUCCAAAUACUAAAUUAAAAAACGAAUACAUUUUCGAAUCAUUACGACACGAAGCGUCGCAUCAAUAACUUUCAAUGUUAUUCAAGAAAUGGCGUCUUGUGUUUUAAAUAUUUUAAAAAAUGUUUACAAAAACUAAAGAAAUAAGAUGGAUUUUUUUAAAGGCUUACUUGUUCUCAGCUGGUAACAUGGUUUAAAUUACGAAGAACAGCAGCGUGGUGGGCUUUAGCUCCAUAUCUUCUCUCCUGUAAGGAGGGAGGCCUUUUUUAUUAACCGACUUCAAAAAAAAGGGGGAAGUUCUCAAUUCAACGCGACUUUUUUAUUUUUUUUUUAUGUUUGAAAACCGUGGAUAUGACCUCUGCCUCGAAUUCCGGAAGGUGUGAGUUCGAAUCUGCACCAGGGCAUGCACCUCCAACUUUUCAGUUGUGUGCAUUAGAAGAAAUAGAAAGAAAUUAAAUAGCAAGUUAGUAAGAAAUUAAAUAUCACUUGUCUCAAACGGUGAAGGAAAACAUCGUGAGGAAACCUGCAUACCUGAGAAUUUUCUCAAUUCUCUGCGUGUGUGAAGUCUGCCAGCGUGGUGCACUAUUGGCCUAACCCCUCUCAUUCUGAGAGGAGACUCGAGCUCAGCAGUGAGCCGAAUAUGGGUUGAUAAUGAUGAUGAUGAUGACUGUCUUCGUCAUUUCUUAAGCAAUUUUAAAAAUUCUUUUUUGUUUGAAAGAGUGUACUUCCAGAUUGGUCCCAUUUAAUUUUCAUGAAAAUCGGUUCAGUAAUUUUGUGUUAAAAUGAAAAUAACGAAAUUGCCCAUACUGUGGCGCUGCCAAGCCACAGUACAGGCCAUUUCUCAUUAACUAAAGCCGAUUAAAUCAUAAACUAAACUAAUUCAAAUACAGUUCUUUCCCAUGAUUCUUUCAGAAACGGCUUUAAUUACGUCACUGGCUUGGCACCGCCUUCAAAGUGAUCCAGAACGCAUAUACGAUGCUAUUUUUCGCUUUUUAGUUUUUUUUUGUGAUUUUGAAGUCGGUUAAUUUUUUUUUUAUUUAAAUGAUCUAACAAUUAUUACUGCUUUGCUCUAGCCAAACUGUCUCUCGCCUGGCCCUGGCUUUUACCAGAUACUGAUAAUAUAAUGAUUAGAUCCGCGGAUAAGGAGUUUCAUUAAAAAAGAAAGGAGAUGGUCUAUUCAGAUCCACUCUUGUAGCCCGUAUUAUUAAAAUUCAUAAAAUUCUUAUUAAAAUUUAUUAAAGUGAAUAAAUGUAACUAAAUAAAAAGUAAUAAAUAAAAUUAAAAACUAACUUUUUGUGUUUUAUCAAGAUGGCGCCCAUACAGCAACUAUGACAUGAAAAUUGACAGCAAACGUCAAAUCGGCUACUGCAUUAAAAACGUCAUCAAUCCGCCAAUAUUAGUGUUGCAUUUCUUAGGAGAGAAUAAAUAUUAUUUCGAAAGAAUUAAAGUAAAUUCGUAGAUUUUUAUAAUCAAAAAUAAUUGAAAAAACUAUUUUUUUUUAUUUACGCCAGGGUACAAUGACUGAUCGUUGGCUCCAUACAAUUUUGGACCAUCUUUAUCGUAAUAAUUUCAGACUGUUUCUAGUGUGAAUGACCAACGAUUUUAAAUAUCUACUUACCUAUUUAUUUAUAGAAGCAAAUGGAAUAGGUAAUAGCUAACAUAAUUGUCCAAUUUUCCGCAUUCCUUCAAUAAAAUAUGCAAAGACCGCGCGUGUUUCCCAAGGGAACAAUGGACACCGUUUAUUAUUUAGAGGGUUUACCAUUGUGUUGUACUUAUCAUUUACAUUGUAAGUUUGUAAGUAGAACACACAGAAGGCUGUCCAGCCUAUUUUUACCAUCGAUAUAAAUCGUUAGAUGGGCCCCUCCAUACUAAAUUUUAUGUCACUCAAAGACGUGCACGCACGUCUUAUCUUAGUACGUAACAAGCGCAUGCUGUGAGUGGACGUGGAAUUAAAAAAAUAUUUAUUGUUUUUUUUUUCAUUUUAGUCCCGUAAUUAUGCCUUCGUGCUCAUGUUGGAAGUGUAAAAACACAAGCCACAACAUGAAUAAAGAGAAACGUGUUACGAGUGAUGACUCAAUGUGAGAAACCAAUGACAAGUCCGCGACGCUUUGAGACCCAUCUAACGUUCUACGAUCGAUGAUUUUAACUGCCAUAGAGUAGACAGGAUCUGGAGCUUAACCCACCACGUUGUUCCAAUUUGGGUUGGAGGCAAUGACGUUAAAUACUAUUAGAUGUGUGUUACUAGGUCAUGAAAAAUGAGGCGCUCAAAAGAGGAAAUUUCCUCAUUUCAAUGUUAGUUGUGGUCAACAACGAACGUUAUUUAUACAAAUAAUACCUAAAUAUUGUCUAUAAUGUUGAGUUCUGUGUUCAUAAAUACAUAAAUAAAUAAUGGAACUAAAGACAAAAUUGUGCAUGUGUGCGCUCAGUUUUGUAGCCUAUUAUUCGGAUCACUUUUUGCGGUGAUUUUGUAGGGACGUAACCGAUCUAUAGUAUAAAAUUAUCAUUGGUUGGUGGGUGAUAUUUAGAUUUUGUAACAAUUACUGUUAGAUGUUAUUGAUAAUUAUGCUCAUUUAAAUAAAAAAAACAUAGUAGUAAGUAAUUUGCAUACCAAAUAAUUGGUUAGAUAAAAUGAAUGGAAAGACGAGUGCAACAUCAAGAACGGCGGCGGCCAUUUUGAUUUUCUGCAACUUUGUCGCCAUGUUUGUCUGCAUCACCGUGUUCGGCUUUAGCCUAUGGCUGACAGCGUCGCCCACUUCAUUCGCCAACGCCGUCAAAAUGUUUGGAAACCCUACAUUGAAGGCUUUGCUGCCCGAGGAAGCGUUAUCCCCACCGCUGGGCGUGGGACUGGCCGUGCUGGCAGUAUUCUUCUUCUUCGUAUCAUUCAUGGGCCUGUAUGGAGCCAUCGUGGGAUCACAGUUUCUGCUUUUUAUGUACGCCACCCUGGUGAUACUCCUUUUGUUAUUGGAGUGUGCUGUCAUGUACUACGUCUCUUCUAACUUACUGGAGAAAGGACUACAGGAGCCCAAUAGCCAUACAAGCCACGCACUCCGACUCUCACUACAGUGCUGUGAACACACUAACAGAACUUCUGCGGAAGGUGCUUCACCCACCACACCGUGGUCGUGUUGCGGCGCGGAGGCGUUUCCCACAAACUGCACACUCGAUAAAGUUUAUACCACGGGAUGUCAUCAAGCGAUAGUGACGUGGUUGUAUCGUUACGAGACAGUGAUAUACGUCGCGCUCGCAUCGUCCCACGUGCUAUUGUCGCUCUGCUCACUCCUGCGGAGAGCGCUCAGUGCGUCUCGCUCUUACACCUAGCGCUCGCAGCGCCGCUCUGGCGCAAUUUCAUCAGCAGAGAGACCUCGUGCGUGGCGGGCGCGUGUCUCGCCGAGCAUCGAACCUGUGACCGAAGACGUGCUCAUGGUAGUGCUGGGCCGAGGCAGGCUCGGCUGGGUUGAGAAGACGUGAAAAUAGUGCUUUAAUUAAAAAUACCUGCCCGCGUUGUAUACUCUUCUCGGACCUUCGUAACUUUAAGUUACUUAACUAACUAUGUCUAUAAGUUUUCUACUUUAAUUAUAACCAUAACACCAUACAUGAUGUAAAUACAAAUUCAAAAAAUAAAUAUCCCUAGUACUUUUUGUAAGAGAAAUAAAUUGGAAAUUAUUAUAAUUGGUGUGGUGUAUUUUUACUUUUAACGAAAACUCUUCAAAACGAAAGAAAAAUGCUCAGUGCCGAUUUGUUAAAAAAAAUUUGUAAAGUAUUUUCAUUGAAUUAUAUAUUUAUUUUUUAAAAAAUAUUUUUUUAAUAUCUAAUAUUUUUUUAUGUUUAGUAAUAAAACAAAAUAAUCUUUUAAAAAAAAGUAAUUUAUUAUACCAAACAAAUACAAAUUUUCACGCAGUUUUUACGAGCCCUUAUGCUAAUGCUAUGUAUUAGUAUCUAACUAUAGUAGACUAUAGCUUUUAUUAGUAGAAUUUAUAUGAAUACUUUUAAAUAUACAAAAAUUGUAAAAUAAAAUAUUUCUCAUUAAACAUUUUUAUUUUAUUUAUUACUGUAAUUUGAAAUUUAUUGUAUUUUUGAUUAAAAAUUAGUGUGCACUUAUGAAGUAAAACUUCUUUUCAAAAAUAAAAAACAAAACGCCAUCUAUGAUCCUCAAGCAUAACUACAUCGCAACAGGUUAUUGACGUGUACAAAAAGGGUUUGUUUCGAAGUUCUCUACGAACGCCAUCUACUGGUAGUUUAAAAUAACUGUCACUAAUGUUGAUGCACGCUUCAUAUAAACCUCGCACGAUUACACUUUUCGUAACCUCCCAAAAACCCAAGUCAAGAAGUUUUACUUCAAAAAUCUAAUCCUAUAUUAUGACGGCAUUUUGCCGAU